CAUGGAAGACCUACAAACAUAAAUGAUAACAUAUGAGAAAAUUGCGAUACAAAUUUCCUGAUUUUCCACAAAUCGUUCGAUUCUUGUUACUUCGACUCUUAAAUUAGGUGAAUGAAAAAUGGCUUCAUUCAUCAGUUUAAUUAAAAGAAACAACUUGGGUGUGUUAUCCAAAUAUUUGGCUUCUAACGAGCGAAUAUACCAGUACGUAAACAUAGGAUAAAUAUUAUAAUGUAUGGGUAACUUUAAUCCUUCAAACAAUUAAUUAUUUACAGAACAACUAGACAUGCAUCAAAAUGGUAUCCCGGUGUGGAAGAUAUGAAGCAAUUUGAACGACCUGUUAUGUUUGUACCUGAAGAAGCAGGCGAUUGGAAAGUGGAAGCAUGGAAUUCUUCUCCUCAACCUAUUGAACGUGAAGUUAAAAAUAUGACUAUAAAUUUUGGGCCACAACAUCCAGCUGCUCACGGUGUACUUAGAUUAGUAUUAGAACUAGCUGGAGAGGUAAACCUAUCAGUCAAGAUUUACCAAUAUAAUGCAAAGCAAAAUUAUCUAAUAAAAUAUUAUUGCUUGUCUUAAGGUUGUUGUACGAGCUGAUCCUCAUAUCGGACUUUUACAUAGAGGCACUGAAAAAUUAAUCGAGUACAAGACAUAUACUCAAGCAUUACCAUACUUUGAUCGUCUUGAUUAUGUUUCUAUGAUGUGUAAUGAGCAGUGCUACUCAUUGGCUGUAGAAAAAUUACUAAACAUUGAUAUCCCAAUAAGAGCAAAAUAUAUUCGAAGUAAGAAUAAAUAGUUAUUAAAUAUUUAGGUUUAUUUAUAGAACUUUAUUAUAAUUUAAUGUGAUCUUUUUUUUUUCUUAGCAUUAUUUGGUGAAAUCACUCGUUUGUUAAAUCAUAUUAUGGCUGUUGGCACACACGCUUUAGAUAUUGGUGCUAUGACACCAUUCUUUUGGUUAUUUGAAGAACGAGAAAAAAUGAUGGAAUUUUAUGAACGAGUAUCUGGAGCAAGAAUGCACGCUGCCUAUAUUCGCCCUGGUGGUGUAUCUCAGGUAUACACUUUACAUUAUUUAGGUAUACAUUUAUUGAAUUUCAUAUAGUGUGCUAAUUUUAUUUUUCAAACAAAUUUAGGACAUCCCACUUGGCUUGAUGGAUGAUAUAUAUCAAUUUUGUACAAAAUUUGGUGAACGUAUCGAUGAAUGUGAAGAUAUGCUUACUAACAAUGGUAUUUGGAUCUCUAGGACGCAAGAUAUAGGUAUUGUCAGUGCAGAAGAUGCUCUAAAUUUAGGAUUUAGGUGAGUGUGUCAUGAUGAUUAAUUAAAUAAAAGUUUAAUGAAAGAUAAUUAUUUUUUCAGUGGUGUUAUGUUGCGUGGUUCUGGAAUUAAGUGGGAUUUACGUAAAACACAACCUUAUGAUGCAUACCAUCUUGUUGAUUUUGAUGUACCUAUUGGAACACGUGGUGAUUGUUACGACCGGUUAGUAAUAAGUAGGGUCUAGAUUUAAAUGUUUAAAAACAAUUGAAAAAUGCUCUAAAAGAUACUAAAAAUGCCUAUUAGUGAAAUAUUGUCCUCCAAAAAUAGCAAAUAUUGCCAAAUAAAAAAAGUCACUUUUGAAAUAUUUGUUGCAUGAAUCAAAUUAUGUACCUGGAAAACAUUACCUUAGAUUGGUAAUCAAGACUCCCACUCUCCAAAUGCAUUUUCCAUCAAAAUCCAGGUCCUACUACAGACUUAAUAGUUAUUAAAUAUUUUCCAUUUAUGAGUUAAAUACAUUUUUAUAAAUUAUUAUAAAAUGUAUAUUUACUCUUAGCUUUGCUAUGAUCAGUAAAUAAUAUUUUGUUUUAUAUCAUAAAAAUAAUUAUUUGGAGGAAUUUUUGCAAAAAAAAAGAAGAAGAAAGAUGUUUAUAAUAUGUUUGAAGUGUAUUUUUUUUGAAACUUUUUUAAAUUCAAAUAUAUUUUUCAUUAGAAAAAAGUUUAUGAUAAUAAAAUUACUCAAAUACAAAUAUUUUUUAAUAAAAAAUAUAAUGUCUUAAAAGAAUUAAACGAAUGUCUAAAUGAUGACAAUUUUAAUUUUCUACUCUACUAUUUUAGAUAUCCCUGCGAGAAGGAAUCAAAAUACUCUCACAUUACCUCUAUCUGUUGUAAGAGAUGAUAAUGGGUUUUUGUCAGGUUGAUGACCAGUAUAAAAUAGUUUGAGAAGUCUUAAACAAAUUUUUGUCAAAUUGUCAUAUGUUAUAUGUAUGCGAAAACAUUAAAAAAGAAGAUAAUGUGUAACAUAGAAUUAGAUUUGGUUGGAUAUAAUGAAGACAAACUUUAGGUUUUUUAUGUGAAAAAAAAUUUUAAUGAGGUCAUUUCCAUAUAAGUAUGGUGAAACUCACCAUGUUAUAUUGUUUAUAGUAUUGAGCAAUAGAAAGAAAAAUAUAAUAGAAAAUGAGUGUAUCAGAGAUGUGUAGGUGAAUGCGUGGAGUAAUAAGAGAGUGUAGGUUAAUGAACGAGUACAUGAAGAUGUGGCUUUGGUAGUAGAAAAAUGAGAGAAAAUAUAUUACGUGAGAUAGAAGUAGGAAGAGGCUGGUCCCAAAUAGUUGUAAUGAAAAAGAAUAAGAAGGCUAGUAUAGUAAUAAUAUUUAAGAUAAUACAAAUUAAUUAAAUUUUUUUUUAUACGUUUAAUAAUUUGUAUAUUUACAUUUCCAGGUAUUUAUGCAGAGUUCAAGAAAUGAGGCAGUCGCUCAGAAUUAUUGAACAGUGCCUAAAUCAAAUGCCAGCUGGUGAAAUUAAAACUGAUGACAUGAAAGUUUCAACACCAUCUAGAUCAGAAAUGAAAGUACUGAAUUAAAAUCCAAACUGUUUAUACUACCUUUUAUCAUGUUUACUCGAAUAUUUACUUAAUUAUCUUUAUACUUUUAGAAUUCCAUGGAAGCCCUCAUUCAUCAUUUUAAAUUGUUUACCCAAGGUUACCAAGUACCUCCGGGGGCUACAUAUACUGCAAUUGAAGCACCAAAAGGUAAAAUUAAAAUUUGUGUACAUUUUAUUAGUUUCUAACUAAUGAAUAUCUAUUUCAGGUGAAUUUGGAGUCUAUUUAGUGUCUGAUGGUUCAUCUAAACCAUACAGAUGCAAAAUCAAAGCUCCGGGUUUCGCGCAUCUUGCUGCAUUAGAGAAGUUGGGCAAAAAACAUUUCCUUGCAGAUAUUGUAGCUAUUAUAGGUAUUUUAUACUGAACAUAAUAAGAUAAAACAUCAUGAAUUAUACUUAAUAAGUUAUGUUAUACUUACUGAAUUAUUAUGGUUUUAGGAACAUUGGAUGUUGUAUUUGGUGAAAUCGAUCGUUAAGUAUUUGUAUUGAAUUGUAUUGGUAAGUAAACUUGUUUUCAACUUGAAACUGAGUAAUUAUAUGUAACAGAUAUUUCUUAAAUGUUAUCAAUGAUAAAAAAUAAAUUAUUUCUUAGUUACAUGCAUUUUAUUAUAUCAUUCAAUUUCCUAUUUACUAUAUUAAAUCAAUUUUUAAUGUCAUAUUUAAAUAACCAUUGUAUCAUGUGUUUUCUAAAACAAAUUAAAAAUUAUUAAUAUUUUUUUUUGUCUGUACCCAAAAUUAAAUAAUUGGAGAAGUGGAAAUUAAUUAUUGUUUUAAAUUUAUUAUUCAGGAAAUUGUAUAAUAAAUAGAAAAUAUAUGUGUUAACAGUUAGAAUCUUUGAAUCUACAAAAAUAUUUUUAUUGAAAGACCUAUGAUUUUAGAAAAUAACACAAGACGUCAUAAGCAGCAAGAAUGUAUUAACCAAUACACAAAUGUUUCUUCAAACACAAUGUAUGCUUCUUUUUUCGUUAUAUCCAGAAACUCCAGGUAUCUAAAUUUCCUGUAGUAUAAAAAGUUGAAUAUCUUGAAAAAAUAUAAUUUGGUAAGUCAAUUAAAUUGUGAAAUUCUGCCCAAUCUGAUUUCUUGGACUACAGUGAAUUAUAACACAACAAUAAAUUUAUUUAAUUAUUUUUUCAGAUAAAAUUUUAAUAAAUAUAAUUCCUUUUAAAUAUACAAAACUAGCGGACGGAUGUAAAACAGAUAUGACAUAUUUUGUAAUUUUUUUUAAUUUCAAACAAUUUUUGUUAAUUUUUAAUAAUUCUUAAAAAAAAAAAGUACAGAGUAAGUUUUCAGUAUAGGUUAAAAUUUUUACAAUUACCACUGUAUUCAAUAUUGUUGACGCAAAAAAUUUGAAAAAUAAAAAUAACAUCAGUUUGUGUUCAUUUUUUCUAUUACUUUGUAGUCGAAAAUCUAACUACAACAACAUUGAAAAACAUGAAAAAUAUUCACAGAAAGUAGACAUUUCUAUUUUAUACGAUUGAAAAUAGAAAACAAACAGAACAGGACCAAAAUUUUGUGUGUGGUUUAAAUUAAAACAUUUUUUAUUUUAGUUCAAAUAUUUUUAGCGUUUAUCUUAAAAAUAAUAAAGAAUACUUUUUAAAAACUUUCAAAAGGGAGGGUUUGAACUCUCAAAACUCUCUCAGAUAUGGCCUUGUAUGUAAGAAAAUUUAGUUUUAGAUUAUAUGAUGCAAAUAAUUUUAAUUAUUUUGGCUCAUAGGUACUUCAAAGUAUGAGUGCUAACUCAUAAAAAUAUCUUCUGCCUUUUUUUAUGUAUUUAUUAUUUCAGUGAACAUUGUAUUACCGUAGAUAAGAUUAUUUUGUCAACUAUAAAUAUAAAUUUAGUUUGACGAGAAUAUUCGUUUUAAUUAAACUAUAAUUUGAAUCUAUUGCUCAAAAAAGUCAAAUUCAUCUCGAC